AACCAUAUUUCAUAAUAUUGUCUAAAGAAAUGGCCAUCAAUCUCUCCAACUUGUCCCUUUUCUUCCCCAAGAAUCCUCACCAUCCUCAGCCAAUACUAUUUCAUAGUUCUAACGUAGAGCCCAUUUGGUCAGUGAAGGCUCAGAAAACUCAAUCUCAGAAAACUUAUUCCCAAAAUCAAAGACAAUCUUCCAAUUACCAACCUACUGUUUGGAGUCACAGCUUUAUACAGUCCUUAAAGAAUGAAAAUGCAGACUUGCUGUACAAAGACAAAGCAAGGAAGUUGGAGGAGGAAACAAGAGCAGCAAUUUAUAAUGAAAAUGAGGAUUUCUUAACCAUUCUUGAACUGAUUGAUGACAUCCAACGUUUGGGAUUAGCAUUCCGCUUUGAGAAGGACAUAAAGAGAGUUCUUGAUAGAUUUGUAGAAUCAAAAGGACGUAAUUUGUGGACUCAGAAAUCUCUUCAGGCUACUUCUCUCAUAUUCAGGCUCCUUAGACAGUAUGGUUACGAGGUUUCUCAAGAUGAGUUCAAAAAUUUCAUGGACGAUAAGGGUAAUCUUCUGGCAAUCUACAAGAAGGAUGUUAAAGUAAUGCUAAGUUUAUAUGAAGCUUCAUCUUUGCGCUUUGAAGGAGAAGAUCUUUUAGAUGAGGCGAUGGCACAAACUAGAACACAUCUCAUCAAUACUCUUCAGAAAGGAAACCUUUCAGAGUUGGAUAAUUCUACAAUGGAAAGUAUUAGUCACGCACUGGAGCUCCCAUUGUAUAGAAGAAUGGUUAUGUUGAAAGCACGUUGGUAUAUUGAAGCAUACAAUAAGAGGAAGAAUGCAAAUCAUUCCUUGCUUCAACUCGCAAAGAUUAAUUUCAACAUGGUUCAAUCUAUACUCCAAAGAGAUCUUAAAGAAAUGUCAAGGUGGUGGAACAAUUUGGGACUUGCAGGCAAAUUAACCUUCAGUAGAGAUAGGCUGAUGGAAUGCUUCUUUUGGACAGUUGGAAUGGAGUUUGAACCUCAGUUUAGUUCUUGCCGUAAAGGGCUAACAAAAGUCACAUCAUUUAUAACCAUUAUUGAUGAUGUAUAUGAUGUUUAUGGCACAUUGGAUGAAUUGGAGUUGUUUACGGAUGCUGUUGAAAGAUGGGAUAUCGAUGCAGUGAAAGAUCUUCCAGAACAUAUGAAGCUAUGUUUCUUAGCUUUAUACAAUACUGUCAAUGAGAUGACUUAUGAUACUCUAGCAAAACAUGGAGAAUUCGUCCAUCCAUAUCUAAAAAAAUCAUGGGCUGAUUUAUGCAAAGCAUUCUUGCAAGAAGCAAAGUGGAGACACAAAAAAUUCACACCAUCAUUUAAUGAAUAUAUUGAAAAUGGAUGGAGAUCCGUAUCAGGAACAGUCAUACUUAUGCAUGCCUAUCUUUUACUCGACCAAAACAUCUCAAAACAAGGACUCGAUUCCUUAGUAAACUACCAUCAUAUAUUGAAAUGGCCAUCUGUUGUUUUUCGACUUUGCAAUGAUUUGGCAACUUUAUCGGGUGAGUUAGAUAGAGGUGAAACGAUAAAUUCAAUUUCCUGCUAUAUGGAUGAACAUGGAGUUUCAGAGGAGCAUGCACGUAAAGAAAUAAAUAAAAUGAUAGAUAAUGCUUGGAAGAAGAUGAAUCAAUAUAAUCAAACGGAGGUGAAUUCUUUCACGAAGCCUUUCAUUGAAGCAUCUAUUAAUCUUGCUAGGAUUUCUCAAUGUGUAUACCAGCAUGGAGAUGGACAUGGAGCUCCUGAUACCAAAUCCAAGAAAAGAGUUGUAUCAUUAAUAAUUGAGCCGAUUUCAAAAUAAAUUUUAUCAUACAACCAUUAUGUAUAUAAUGAUUAGAGGACUUACAUAAGAUCUAUCAUGAUUAAUUAAUAGCUAUUGAUGAUCUGAGAUCCAGAGAAAUAGGGUUUUUACAAUGGGCUCUGUAAAGUUGAGAAAAAGCUUAAACCUAGAAGAGAGCAUUUCUCCUUUUAUAGGUUUCCUUUUGUCCGCUAGUGACGUGCCGAUAGAACGAAUAUCAGUAGACCACCUGUCCCUGCCACGCUGAUACGGACGUACGAAGGAAUCAGAUCUCUGCCCCAUGCAUAACGGCCUCUGAUCCUCUCCAGGAUCGGGUAGGCGGGUCUACAAGAUGAGUGGACGGACCCUCUUUCGGGUUUUGGGCUGGGCCGGAGAGUGAGAGUAGAGCAGGGCCUAAAUGGAAUCG